AUGGUGUUCGGUCCCCUCAGCAUUUCGUUGGCCCCCUACGUUAGGUCUUCAAAGACCCUCUCCAAGUGGGUCACCCCCAUUGCCAACUGGUACGCCCAGGCUGCUCGCUACAGGCAGUUCGGCUUCAAGUACGAUGACCUCCUCAUGGAGGAGAACCCUUCCGUCCAACGGGCUCUUGGACGUUUGACCGACCGACAGACGUACGACCGUGCCUACCGCCUCAAGAGGGCUUCCCAAUGCAGCGUUCUCCACGCUGAGCUUCCCAAAGAUCAGUGGACAAAGCCUGAGGAGGACGUCCGCUACCUCGCACCCCACGUCAAGAACGUCGUCGCUGAGGAGACCGAGCGAAAGAAGUGGGACAACGUCAUUGUCAAGCGCAAGUAAUCCACCUGCACCGCCUAGACCUACAUUAUCCUCCUACAAUCUGGAUUUUACCAUCAUAGUUCCGUCAAUGAUCACCUAGAAACCUCA